AAGCCAAGAGGGAAGACAGAUAGAAAGAAAGAAAGAAGGAAAGAAAGAGGGAUAGAGAGAGGCGUGUUUGCAGUUGGACAAGAUAAAGAAGACAGAGGGAUGAUGUUCCCAGUGCGCCCCACAGGGCUCCUGACCCACAUCCACAUGGGGACUCUUCUCCUGGCCCUUGGCCUCCACCCAGGCCCUCCCUCUGGAGGCAUCCUGACAGCAGGGGCCCAGGAUGGGGGCGGUGGUGGUGUGGGUGGUGACACCAUCAGCCACUCUCUGUCCCUGGUGCAGCAUCUGGAGGCUCUGCUGACCCAGGGGAACGGCAGCGACGUGGCCCUCAGGGUGGAGACCCUCAAUGCGGACGAGGUGAAGGUGAUCCAGGCCCACUCCCUGGUUCUGUCCCUGCAGAGCCCUGUGUUUGAGGGGCUGCUGGUCAGCCGCAACACCUCCACCCUGGUCCUGAGGGAGACGGGCGAGUGCUCCGCCAUCUUUGACAAGUUCAUAAGGUAUCUGUACUGUGGAGAGAUCUCCCUGGGUCUGGAUCAGGCCCUCCCUCUACACAUGCUGGCCACCAAGUAUCGUGUGCUAGGGCUCCAGCAGGGGGUCACCCAGUACAUGACCCAGAACCUGGCCCGCGAUUCUCCCUCGGGCCACGUGGUGGGCUGGUACGAGUACGCCCUCCAGACUGGAGACGUUUCCCUGAGGGACAGCUGCCUGCAGUACCUCUCCUGGAACCUGUCGUCCGUGCUGCGCAGCGGGGAGUGGGGAACCAUCAGCGCCCCGCUCCUCAUGUCUCUCAUGAAGCGCUCCGACCUCAUCCUGCAGAGCGAGAUGGAGCUCUUCGAUGCGCUGGAGCUCUGGAUAAACCAGAACGAUCCGGACGGGCUGACGGCUGAGAACGCCCUGAGGUCUGUGCGCUAUGCCAUGAUGCCCCCACGGGAGCUCUUCCGCCUGCAGACCCAGUCUCUCACCCUCGCCCGCUACCAGGAGUCCGUACGAGACCUGCUCUACAUGUCCUACCAGUUCCACUCCGCAUCGCCGCUGCACAUGGCCAAGUUCUUUGACGUGAACUGCAGUCUGUUCAUGCCCAGGAACUACCUGUCCCCCGCCUGGGGCUCCCCCUGGGUCCUAAACAACCCCUCGCGUGACGACCGCAGCACCAGCUUCCAGACCCAGCUGGGCCCCAGUGGUCACGAUGCCGUCAAGCGCGUGACGUGGAACGCUCUCUUCUCCCCGCGCUGGCUUCCCCUCAGCAUGCGUCCCAUGUACACGGAAACGGGAGCCAUGCAGCCCACACGAGUCGACGGAGGACGGCCGCGCAUCAUCAUCACGCCGGCCACGUCCAGCGCGGACUUUGCCGGCGUGAGUUUUCAGAAGACGGUGCUAGUCAUGGCCAGACAGCAGGGGAAGCUGGUGGUGAAACACGUCUACAACUUCCACCAAAGCACGGAGGAGAACGGAGACUUCCUGGUGGAAGCUGACCUGCACCGCAAAACAUCGGAAUACCUCAUCGACGGCUCCCUCUACCUCCACAUCCUGGUCAAGCCCCUGUAUCAGACCCUCAUCACCACCAAGAAUUGACCCUGGCCUCUUCCUACACCUCUCUGUUGUCACGCUGCGAUGAUCGUCACACACACGCUGCACUCUCAGACUGUCAUAUCUCAGGAGACCACAGGUACAAGGCUAACCCUUUGUGUUUGCCAACGUGGGUGGCCUCUUGUGUUUCAAAUACGUACAUUGUCGUUAAGUUAAAACUGAAAACAGGAUUUUGUGUGCAGACCUAUGCCUAUAACUUUACAGGAUGUCUGCGUUGAUAAAGCAGUUGUGUGUUUGGUAGAUCUGCAAAGUUAUGUUGAAGUAAUCAUGUGAUGAGGAGUUCACAGUAAACAAUGACUGGGUCCUAGACGUUUUCAUGUGUGUAUGUGCAUAUUGAUGUUUAUACAAUUUUGAAUCAUAAUUUCCUUGGUGCUAUUGUUCCCUUAACAUCUACAGUAAGAGGAAACAACCAUUCAAAUCUCACAUGUUCUGCCUUCAACUUUCAGCUUUACCCAGUUCACCAACGUAUUUAACUUGUAGCUAUUGUCUGUGGUUUUGAUUCACAUGCAGAUGUUCAUGUCACUUCUGUGCAUGGCCUACGA